AUGGCUGAGAACCAGGCCCCAGAGGUUGACUACACCCUCAACAACCCCGACACAUUGACCAAGUACAAGACUGCCGCGCAGAUCUCCCACAAGGUUAUCGAGGCCGUUACAGCAUUGUGCUUGGAGGGAAGCAAGAUCGUUGAAAUCUGCCAGAAGGGCGAUGAGCUCCUAGAGGAAGAGCUCACCAAGGUCUAUAAGGGCAAGAAGAUCACCAAGGGUAUCGGCCACCCGACAACUGUGUCCCCAAGCUCCUAUGUGACACCGUACACCCCCCUGGUGUCGGACGCUCAAGAGGCUGAGACCACCCUCAAGGCCGGCGAGAUCGUCAAGAUCCAACUCGGCGCUCAGAUCGAUGGAUUUGGUACCAUUGUUUGCGACAUGGUCGUCGUUGCCGACAAGGAAUCUUCCAAGGAUGUUGUGACUGGUCGCGAGGCUGACCUCAUCCACGCAACCCACUACGCAAACGAGCUUCUGCUGAGACUCAUGGUCCCCCCAGGUCUUCUGGCUAGCGGUACCGAGGAGGAGAAGACGAAGGCCGCUGCCGAGAAGGCUCCUACUCAGAGCCAGAUCUCCGCCCUCAUCGAAAAGGUAGCCAAGGCCUACGACUGUAAUGUUGUUGAGAACACCACCAGCUGGUUGUUUGAGCGCAACGAGAUCGAGGGUGGGAAAAAGAUCAUCCUUGCCCCCGGCUCUGGCGUCAAGGGUGAGGGUAUCCCCGACGUUGGCGAAGUCUGGGGUGUUGAAGUUGGUCUCUCCCUUGGUUCUGGAAAGGUCAAGACCCUUCCUCUCCGCGCUACCUUGCAUCGCCGUACCACUACCACCUACAUCCUUAAGAGACCCAGCUCCAGACAGACUCUGUCCGAGGUUGUCAAGAAGUUUGGCACAUUCCCCUUCAGUUUGCGACAGCUGGAGGACGAGAAGUCUGCCAAGGUCGGUGUUGUGGAGUGUGUCCGUGGCGGUGUCUUGAGACAGUACGAGCCCGCUGGUGAUGCCGACAACGCUCCUGUUUCCCGUCUGUUGACGACCAUUGCCAUCACAAAGAACGGCAUUACCAGAUUGGCCGCGCCUAACCCUCCUGACCUGUCUAAGUUCCAGACGGACAAGAAGAUCGAGGAUGAGGAGAUCCUGAAGAUUCUCGAGCGUCCUUUGGCCAGAAACACUGGCAAUAAGAACAAGAAGAAGAAGAAGCCUACUAAGGACUCCAAGGAUGAGGAGUAG